UGGUUGCACAAAUAUUUGGCAAAGGAGCAAGGAGUGAGCAGUGCGUAAAGCCGAGUCAGAGCUAAAGGCAAGCUAAGGCAAACAACAACAGCUCACACCAGUCAGCCAAAGAGAGAGAGAGAGAGAGUGAGUGAGAGUGAGAGGAGGAGAGCUAGAGGUAGGCAAAGAUGUUAACGCUAAAAGGCUGCGACUGCUGCUGUCCCCAAGGAUUACGUUUGCUGCCAAUGAGGCAGGCGACAGCCCAUGUGGCAGCUUCAUUAGCAUGCCGAGGGGGGCCGUAUGUGUGUGCGUGUGUGUGAGUUGCCUUUGCCAGGUGAAAAGUAUGCUUCAGUUGGCUGCUCGAACCGCUGAGAGCGAUUGCCAAUCGAUAGUUGGCACUGCGCGCAGCUCCGCCCGAUUGUGGCGCCAAUCGGUGGCAACAGUUGGUCGCCAACGUCACAGAGCAAACGGUCGCACUUGCAGUCGGUGUGGUGGAAUUCCCAUUGUGUUAUUCAAGCGAUUCAGCAGCGAGCAGAGUUCAGGAGUCCGCAAUAUGGUGAUCGAUAUCAAAAUGUGCCGCUUUGACAAUGUGCCCUGGGGCUUUCGGCUGGUGGGCGGGGCCGACUACGACUAUCCGCUGACUGUGGUUAAGGUCACGGAGGGCAGCAUUGCCGAGGAGGCGGGCCUGCGCGUCGAGGAUGUGAUUGUGCGUAUCAAUGAUACGGCUGCCACGCCCCUCACGCACGACGAGGCCCAUCGCCUAAUCAUGAGCAGCGGAAGCGUGUUUUAUUUCGGCGUGCAUCGCGAACGAGAGGAGGAGGAGGUCUAUGCGGGUCCGAAGCGCUUCCCAGUGAGCGCCAGUUCGUUGACCAUGUCGCCAACCGCAGUCGCAUCCGCGUCCGCAUCCGCAACCACCUCGCCUUUGCCGUCGCUAACGGAAGCCACAAAAGCGUUCACGCCGGAACAGGAACAGGUCGAGGUUGCGCAACUGGAGGCGAAUGUGGAGCUGGAAUGUCGCAGCGCUGUGACGGAAAUGCAUUCGCAUGCCAACCAGGACAGCCAGAACAACCAGGCGGAGCAGCAGAACCAGACGGACCAGCCGAACCAGACGGAGGCGUCGGCCAGCGUCGACCAGCAGGCAACGAAUGGUAGCCUUUAUUUGCCCGAUUUGCCCGAUCGGCCGUGCUCGGCGAUGUCAGAGCAGGCGGAAAUUAAGCUGGUGGAGGAGGAAAUUGCUGCAGUGCUGUCCGGCGAGUCGGAGGUGCUCAAGGAGCAAAAUGUGCUGGGCGUUAAUUUCUACAGAAUCUUUCCCAAGCCGGGCGUCUGCAUGAGCAGCGACGUGCUGCGCUCCCUCAACGAGGAGGUGACCAAGACCAAGCUGGAGAAGGAGAAGGAGAAUCGCAAGUGGUCCACGUUCCUGCAGCGACCGGACCGACCCGUGCCCAAGAGCAAGCAGCAGCUGGAGGCGGAGCGCCGGGCGGCCAAUGCCUACAAGGUGAAGAUUGUGAAGUCGGCGCCACGCGACAAGUCGCCCAUGCCGGAAGCCAAGCCAGCCCCAAAGGAAGCCACCCCACCACAACAGGAGCCGGAGCCGGAGCCGGAGCCGGUGGCAGAGCAGGAGCAGGUUGACCCCGUGGAUGAGGAGCCAUUGCCCACGGACAGCGAGGUCCCGAAUUUGGAACAAUUGCCAGACAAUGGCAACAACGCGACGCCCGAGGAGACGGAUGGCGAGCAGUUAGAGAAAACGGAUGCGUCCAAAGAGGAGCCCGGACAGCAGACGGCCGACGAGCAACAAACAGCAAUUGAGCCUAACGAAGGGGAGGGUCAACAGGACGUGUCAGAGGGUGAGGCCGGGGGCAGCGGCGAGGACAGCGGUGAGGCAACUCCGGCCAAAACCGAUGAGGAGCUGGCACUGGAAAAACAACUGGCCGAUGUGCAAAAACAGCUCGCAGCGCUGUCCUCGCUGCCGUCCACCAUACAAUCGACCCUGGAUGCGGUGACCAAGCAGCUGGCCGAGCUGCUGCCCACAUUUAAGCUGCAGCAGCAGCAACAGCAGCAGCGGGACGAGGAGCAGCCGCAUGGCCAGCACGAAGGCAUGUCGAGCUGUGCGGCCAACAAGGAGCAGCAGCAGCAGCAGCAGCAGGAGGAAGAGGAGCAGCAGGUGCAGCCGGAAGAGACAGCACCUGAAAAUAAUGAGGAUAAAUGCGAUGCCAAUGACCGAGAAGUGGCAGAAAUUUCGCUCUCGAAUGGCGACAAUCGCCAACUGGAGGAGCAGCAGCAGCAGCAGGAGCAGCAGCUCAACGAGGAGCUCAGCUUCAAGAAGCAAAAGCAUAAUGUGCGCUUCCAAGUGUAGUUAGCUUAGUUAGCUUAAAUCGAGUUUAAAUUUUGAUAAAUUGCCACCGCAUACACACUCACAUAUAUAUGUAUAGAGUAUAUAGUAUAUAUGUAGUGUAUGUAGACAUAUCAACUGCCAGUUAAAUAAAUGAGUUCCAAGAGCAAAUCGAAUCAGAGCCUGAGUCGCAGCGCCGGGGCAGAAAAAGGCAGAAACCAAAGACAAUUAGUAGGCAGCGUGACAGCCAAACAAACAAAAAAAAAAAAAAAGAAAUUGAAAAAAGAAGAGAAAUGAAAAGAAAAGAAAGAAAGGAAUGAAAAACCAUGAAGAAAAACCAACGCAUAUAACCCGAAACGACUGCAAAUUUGCACUACCUCAACUCCCCUAUGUCUCUUUCACUCACUCUCACUCUCUCUCUCUCUCUCUCUCUCUCUCUCCUACUCUAUAAAUGAAAAUCUCUUAACAUCUUCUUUGUAUUCCUUUGGGCUGCUGCGUUGCGUUGCCUCGCCUGGCGCGCGCUCUCUCUCUCUCCCUCUCUCUCUCUCUCCGUGCGUGUGUG